ACCACGAUCAAGCAUGGUAACAGGCAGCCGGCAGAUAGGUAGACGGGUUCUAUUGUCAAUGUUAAUUGUCAAUCGUUUCAUAGAUACAUUGCGGAACCUUUUUAUUUAGGUUAGAAAACUAAACGACAGAUAGUAAAAUUGAUGUUAAAUCAGUUCUAAUAUACAGAUAUUAAAUAUCAAGAAUUGCACAAAAUAUAUUGAAAAUGGGUAUCGAUAAUAAAUUGGAGGAACUGGCCAUUAGCUUAUAUAAAAUAGAUGCAGUAAAAUUUGGCGAAUUCAUGACUAAAAGUGGAAUAAAAACGCCAGUUUACUUCGACUUAAGGGUCAUUGUAAGCUAUCCCGAUGUAAUGGAUCUGAUAUCUGUUUUACUGUACGAAUUUGCACUGAAAGAUAAGAAAUGUGAUCAUGUUUGUGGAGUUCCUUACACAGCUUUACCAAUUGCAACCCUGAUUAGUGUUAAAACCAAGACACCUAUGUUAAUGAGACGGAAAGAGGCAAAGUCUUAUGGGACAAAGAAGGUUAUAGAAGGUCACUACAAGCAAGGUGAUUCUUGCCUUAUUAUUGAAGAUGUUGUUACCUCUGGUUCAAGUGUACUAGAGACUGUUACUGAUUUAAGAAAGGAAGGCUUAAAGGCAGAGGAAGUAAUUGUAAUCCUUGAUAGGGAACAAGGUGGAAAGCAAAACUUGGCUGUUAAUAAUGUUCAAAUGAAGUCUUUGUUUACUAUGACUGAAUUAAUUGAUAUACUAGUAAAGAAAAAUAAAAUAACUGAAGAAAGGGGUAAAGAUGUGAUAAAUUACUUAAAAAAUGUUCAAGCUCCACAAUCAGCUCCUGAAUUUGAAAGAAUAUUACUUUCCUAUGAAAAACGAUCAGAGUUAGCCACAAAUGCCAUUGCCAAGCAAUUAUUCACCAUAAUGGCUACUAAAAAAACCAACCUAUGUUUAUCUGUUGACCUUACUUCCUCUACAAAGAUCCUUGAUCUCCUAGAGAAAGUUGGUGAACAUGUGUGCUUAGUCAAGACACAUAUUGACAUAAUAGAAGACUAUACUAGUGAUUUUAUAGUACGAUUGAAGCAAUUGGCACAAACAUUUAAUUUCUUAAUUUUGGAAGAUAGAAAAUAUGCUGAUAUUGGUAACACUGUAUCAUUGCAACAUUCCAAAGGACUAUAUAAAGUCGGAGAAUGGGCAGAUUGUGUAACAGCACAUUCACUGCCCGGUGAAGGUAUCUUGAAGGCUCUUAAUAAUAGUAGUGGUUUAAGUCGAGGUGUUUUCUUAUUAGCUGAGAUGAGUAGUGAGGGCAACCUUAUUACAACAGAUUAUACCGAAACAACAGUGAAAAUGUCAUCUAAAUACCCUGAACUAAUCACAGGAUUUGUCUGUCAGAAAAAGGAUACAUUUAAGGAUCCAGGAUUGAUUCAACUCACACCUGGUGUACAGUUAGAAAGCUCUAAGGAUGAACUUGGACAAGUUUAUAACACACCAGAGAAAGUAAUUCUUGAAAAUGGUGCAGAUAUUAUUGUUGUUGGGCGGGGUAUUGUAGCUGCUAAGAGCCCAGUUUCUCAGGCAAUUCUAUACAAAGAUACCCUAUGGAAGUGUUAUAUGAAAAGGGUUUCUGGUAAAAUGGAAUAAUACUUAUUGUUUAUUGUAUUAAAAAAAAAGUCUGUAUUAUCAAAAUUAAAGAUAUAUAGAUUUGUAUA